GCAGACUAAUCUUCAGAUACAAGAAAAUAGUUUCUUUGUAAAACGUGAAAUCUACAAGGGUAUAUAUGUGCAGUCUUGCCCAGGGAGAGUCAGUUGCAGUUUGGCAUAGGACUACAAACAAACCAAAGCAGAAGUUCUCUCUGUGUCAGUAAUAUUCUUGACGAUUUCAUCAUGUCUGAAGAGGGUGAAUUGGAUUCCACGUUGUUCUUGGGUGAUGAUUUCAUCGUGCUUUCGGAGACUGGCGAGAUGACGGUGAUUGGUAAAUCGCUGAACGAUACGAGCAAACGUAAAUCUAUUCUGGAUUUGGACACGAGGACACCGAAGAGGCAGAGAUUGGAAACCGUGCUGGAAGAAAGCGAGGAUGAGGACGAAACGUUGGAGUCGCGUUUCGAUGGUUUGUUGAGCGACGACGAGGACACUAUCGUACCAAAAACGAGAGAUAUCGGAUUAUCGCCCAUAGUUGUAGCGGCGUCUUCGAGUACAUCUUUUAAAGGUAGUCUUAUAACAUCAACGCCUAUCAAGAAAUGCGACGGCUGCUCCAAAGUCCCGCACUUUUUGGACAAAAUUACAGAUUACUUCAAGCAAAUUACGGAGAAUCAGAAGCAGACGCAACCCGAAGAAAAUAAAGUUGAAAACGACAAGAAAGUGGAGACGGAGAAGGUAAUCGAAAUUCCCGACGAGGAAGACGAAAAUAUAAACAACAAGAGCGUAUAUCACACCUCGCAGCAAUUCAUUUCGGAGAACAUUCAGUGCGAAUUCAAGACUUUCAAGCGAGGUUUAAGGCCGAUAGUAAUCGAUGGCAGCAACAUAGCGUUAGGGUAAGAAUCUAUUAAU